GGGCGUUUAAAUGACUGAGGGAACGUCUGCUCUGUGCCCGCGGGAGCUCGGCUCUGUACAGGAACAAAGACAGGAGACCUACAGGGUUUGGUGAGCGGCUGUCAGUGAGCUGUUGAUGUCCGUCCACAGCCAGAAAGCUUCGUAACUGGGAAAAGAUAAGAGGAGUUUCCUAACACUGCUCGGGGUUUCACCGCACGAGACAACAAACCGGCGCGUGGAGAGUACAGCAGCUGAAAAGUUUCCGGUUGUUCCUGCUACACCUGGCUCGGUCCUGUGCUCCAGCUGAAGGCGAGAGGACUGUCCUUACUCACUUCCACAGCAGUAAGGUCGCUAUGGUGAACAGCAGGGUGGAGGCACCCACAGUGGCAGUGAUGGGCGGUGGCGGGGGGGCGGCAGGCAGGUCGUGCGCAGGAUGCGGCGGUCGAAUCGCAGACCGCUUCCUGCUCUUCUCCAUGGAGCGAUACUGGCACACACGAUGCCUCAAGUGUUCCUGCUGCCACGCUCAGUUGGGCGAGUACAGCAGCACCUGCUACAGCAAGGGAGGCAUGAUCCUUUGCAAGAACGACUACAUCAGGCUGUUUGGACACAGUGGAGCCUGCAGUGCAUGUGGACAGUCUAUACCUGCCAGUGAGAUGGUGAUGCGAGCGCAAGGCAACGUUUACCAUCUUAAGUGUUUUACCUGUGCCACCUGCAGGAACCGCCUGGUCCCUGGAGACCGCUUUCACUACAUCAAUGGGACGAUCUUCUGCGAACAUGACCGGCCGGGAGGUGGUCUGCUCAGUGGACAUCCAACUCCACUGCAGCCUAACAGCAUGAUGUCUGACCAGAAGGUCUGCUGAGGUAGAAGAUGGAAAACCAAAUGUGUGCCUUCUCCCCCACCUUUUCUCCUCUGUCUCUUCUUCACCCUCCUCCUCCUCCUCCUGUAAAUCCUGCCAUUGGUUGAGCGCCCUCCAUUCUGAUGGACAAUCUGGAUGUAGUCAUUACUGCUGCCGGUCCAGUGCUCUGGAUGCUGAGGAUGGUUGGAAUUUAUUUAUACAGUAGACUGUUGUCUGUUGUAAACUCUGGCAAUAUUACUGAUGAGAACUGGCAUGGCUAACGGUGGCAAAGGAAGACCUGGAAUCAUCCCAUAUGUGUAAUUCCAGCGGAAUCAUCUAUUACCUUUACCCGGCCAGACAGUGACAGUGGGAAUUGAAUAAGGAGGGAACACUGACUGUGACACAGACUACACAUGCAAUGUGACCAUCUUUUGGAUUGAUAUGAAUAUAAAUAUGGAUCUCCUGAGUCAUGAUUUCAGCCACUAGAUGUUUUCUUCCACACCCAAGAGACAGCUGAACUAGAAAACAUCUAUAUUGAUAGACUGACUAUUUUUCUGUGUGGUUCUCUGUGAAAUUUUCAACAAAUGCACAGAUUGUUUUUUACCCGUGUGUUGGGGGAAGUGAUAGUCGCCCUCUGGUGGUAGCAUUCCUACCACGGACAGAAGUAGCUUGAAUUCUCCAAUUGUACAAAACUGAUAUCUCAUAUUUUGCAGUAAUAAAGGACCAUACUGGUGUGUUUUUUCCUGUUUUAGCCCAUUAACUACAAGUUAUGUACGCCAUAAAUUCUCAAAUAGUGGCCAGGGUCUUUAUUCACCACAGUGACAGAGAAUGGUGCCUUUAUUAGAGACAGGCCUCUAUCUCUAAUUUCCCCAGACUCAACACUUCCUCCAGCUUUACAUUUUGUCUUGAUAAAUUCAGCAUUAUGUCCAUUUCCACUCUGCCUGUUUCCCCAAACAAGCUACAGUACCACAACUGCGUUUCAUUAGUAGUUCCACAUUCCCACAUUCACUCACCCUCAGCUCUUGGUAUUACAUAACAGCAUAUAUUACAUGAAGGGCACUUUUCAUCCUUAUGGUUUUCAUAAGGAUGAUCCCAUUAACUCUGCUUAUAUAACUUACUAAUAACUUACGUUAUAUCACCUAUAUGCACAACUGCAAUGCAUUGUAGGUGAUAUACACAUCUCUGAGGCUGUUCACACAAAUGGAACAACUUUUGAUGGCGGCAGCGGGAACGUUGAACAACUACUGAAACGCAGCAAACACAUGAAUAAAAUUCAACUCUUCCUCUAGACUUUUAAUGUGAAAAGUCUGGUGGCCUUCCCUUUACAGGCAGGCUUUUACCAUGAAACAACCUCAGGGUCGAGUUGUUGGCGGUCCCUCAACCUUGAUUGGGAUUACGGCGAAGAAAAGACAACUGUAAAUAAUUAGCUUAGAGCACAAUGAAAGUGAAUGGAAACAGUAUUUCUGUGAACAAAGAGAAACUCACAGUGCAGAGUGGUGAGCAUACCUGCAACACUAAUGACAUUCCCUUCAGCAUGGUUUAUUACAAUUGGGAUUUAACUUUGGCUGUCGGUUCUGUCAGUUAUGGUAACGUACUCAUUGGCUGAUCUCAGAACACAGCCACAUCACUAAAAAUAUAACCUCCAGCUUAGUCGAACCUGGAAGAGAAAAUGAAGGUGAAUGGUUAAUUUUCACCCAAACUGUAAACAUCCGUCACAGUAUAGUGUAGUUGUGUACACAUGAAUGCGCUUUUAAUGUGCUUUUACAGGAAAACCCACCAGCACAGUCCUUUAAAGCAGAGAUUCCACUUACAGUUUGAUUUAAGUCAGCAGUUAUUGGUUCUAAAUAUCUGUUUGAAGAAAUGAAAGUCUUUCUCAAAGCGGGGGUUCUCCUUUGUAUUUCAUUGCUUUAUAUUCCCCAAAAUGCUUGUGAUUUCAAUAACUAAGCCGUUCUGGAUUUAUAAUCGCUUCUACACAGUGACGGAGAUACACAAGGAUUCUUGACUGUGGUAGGAGCCCAGCUACAGCACUACAGGGCCAAGAAGAUCAGUGCUCUGCCUCCAUAAUAAUCUUUACGCUUGAUCAUGAUGCCAGUGACAUAUACUGUACAUUCUAAAUGUUUAUUGCAGUAACGGUUUUUACAGUGUAAACUCAUCUGUUCAUAGCUAAUGAACAUUCGAAGGAAGAUAUGUUCAAAGUGCACUAAUAUCCUGUUGUGUUGUGUGCUACAGUGUAUGAAUCAUGUUUUCUGUGUUGCAAUUUUUUUCAUUUGUGAGUUUUAUUGCUGUAUGGAAAGAGAACAAGUCCUCUCAGAAGAACUAAUAAUAAUUUAGCCAUUCAGCUCACGUGUGAUGAGUGUGUGAUUGUGUCGAGGAUGAUUUGGCUAAAGCUACAGUUGAGCGUGUAGCGACGAGCUUCUUCUGAGUAAGAAGUAAGAAACGCUUGCGGUUCUCAGACAAACAUGGCUGAUUACCCACAGGAAUGGGAUUUCAAAGGCCUGAGCCGAGGCCAUUACAGAAGCAAUUAAAGUGGGAUGCGCUGGAGGCCUGCAUGGGCUUUAGCUGCGCUCCAGUGUUGCAGCCUAAUGAGGCCUAAUCUGGUGAGCUGGUCUAAUUAAAAGGGAGGGAGCUUUUUCCUGUGGGCACCAGGCAGCCAGCAGUUUGUGCUCUCUGUAGCUGUCUGAGGGGAAAAAGCAAAGUCAGAAUAUGCAGCAUUGUUUUCAACCAUAAAAAGUUUCAUAUUCCUCCAUUCUCUGUCCGUUCAAAUUAAAACAUUUAACUUGACAUUUUUAA